UGGCAGCCGAAACUGGGAGAGGAAGGGAAGAGUCAUCGGGCGCCAUUUUGGGAAGCGCUAGGGCUCCUCUGCGCCGUAGUCGAGCUGACGAAACCUGAGGGGUUCUUCGGAUUGUGGCGCCAGGAAGUGGCCUUCUUUUGCCACGGGGGGACGAGGCGGUCCGGGGCUUGUGCGGGUGGCUCGCCGCUCCUUCCGUUAGGCUGAGUGUCGGAGGAGGAAGGAAGAAGUCGGUAGUGGGUGGGCGAGGGCAGCGAGACUGCCCGGAGUAAGUGACGCGCGGGGGAAGGCCGAGGCCGAGCCCGUGAAGGGGUGCCUGUGGUAGGCAGGCAGGCAGCGAGCGAGCGAGUAAUUUUUGGUGGGAGUCUUUCGGGGCGCUGAGAGGGGAUAGCAGGGAAGGGUGGGCGGCGGGGUCUGCUGCCAAGGAGUAGAGUUGUGGGUGAAGCCUUCGGGCCUUGAGGGUGGGGGGGAAAUCUUAGCCUUUAAUGCUUCAGAAAGCGGGGAAUAUGUUACACUACAGAAGGGUGAUGUAAUUACAAACGGGGGCGUAAAGAGUAUAAAACGCGAGAAAAAAAAAUACGGGGUGAUAGGACUACAUAGCACCUCGCUUUGUUGGAAGGAGCUUGAAGAGGGGGGGGGUCCCUUGACUACUAGUUACGAAAUCUGAAGUUCCCGAGGCUCUUGAGCGCUUGGCUUGCCCUAUGAUGAAAAGGGGCAUCAGGAAGUGUGCUGUAGAGGUGUAUCCACGAUUUUGAGAUGUGCCUGUUCCCUGGUUAAUUUCCUUUGUUUGGCCUCUACUUGUGGAAGAAGAACGAAGAAAAGACACCUUGCCCAGGCUGUGGAUUUGCACCCAUUCGAUACCUACAGCCUGCCUCUUCCACGAAUUAGAUUAUGGCUGCCAAUAUAGGAGACCAGCAUUCUUCAGAAUGGGCUUCACAGUACAACCUGGGUACUGCAAGCACCAGAGAAAACGGGAUGGAAGGCCCAAUGCAUGAGAACCCUGAAUGGGAGAAGGCUCGGCAAGCACUGGCUAAUAUUAGCAAGGCCAAUGCUGCAGCUGCUACUGGCAACAGUAAAGGGGCCACAAACGGUCAAGCUAACACACAGUACUCAGCACAGCAAGGAGAAUCCCUGCAGCAGCAACAGCAGUACUACCAGUGGUAUCAACAAUACAGCUAUCUCUACCCUUAUAAUUACUAUUAUCCUAUGCAAAAUGUCUACUCUGGAUAUGGUUCUUCUGGGCAAUAUGGUGUCUCAGGCUCUUAUUCCCCAACACCCCAACAGCCAUCAGUUCCUGGGCAGCAUCAAGGGAGUAUGAGCCAGCCUCCAGUCCCAGGCAUGGAAGAUGGAGGGAUGUCGUACUCAAGCCAGCCUCAGCAAAUGCAAAUCUCUAACACGCCGCAGUCCCCUAUGCAGCAUCCCAACCACCCGUCACAGCAUAACAACCUACCCAUGGGGCCUGGGGGACAGCAGCAGCAGCAGCAGCAGCAACAGCAGGGUGGUCCUCCUGGAGGGUUGCACUCUCAGUCAAACCAGUCAAAUGCUUCCUAUAACCAGCAGCAGCACUCUUACCAGGAAGCAGCCAAGCCCAAGAAAGGACAGCAGCUGUGGAACCGCAUGAAACAAGCGCCUGGGUCUGGUGGUCUAAAAUUCAACCUUCCAAAGCGUCCCUUUGUAGUAACAAAUCAAAACUUCAGCUCUUUGGAGCAGCAGCAGCAGCAGCAGCAACAGCAGCAGCAGCAGCAGCAGCAGCAGCAGCAUCCAAACUUUGCCUCCCAGCAGAAUUCAGAGAAACGUCACAAUCACAGGGAUUGCCAAUCUAAGAACCAUCCCUGGCCUCCUGCUGCAUCACAAUCAGAAUUUGGGCCAGCCAAGUGGUGCGGUUCUUCAACAGGUAAGCCUGAAGAUUGGCCACAGGACAUGAAAGAGUAUGUCCAGCGCUGCUUCACAGCUUGUGAGUCAGAGGAGGACAAAGACCGCACAGAGAAGCUGCUUAAAGAGGUCCUGCAGGCCAGGCUACAGGAUGGCACUGCCUAUACCAUUGACUGGAGCAGGGAACCAUUGCCUGGCUUGGGCCGAGACAACUCGGCUGAAAGCCCCAAGAAAAAACAGCAGCGCUGGGAAGUGUCUUCUCUGCACCCGCCACGUGCCUCUAUGCAGUCAAGUCUUGCUCAACAGCAGCAGAGGAGUGGUGGGGGCAAUUCUCAGCCCCAGCGAGGGGGAGGUAGCGGAGGACCUGGGACUGGUCGGAUUCGCGGGAAUGCCUUCCCCACCAAAUUUGGAAACCGCAAUGUUUUCAUGAAGGAAAAUAGCUCAUCCUCAAGUGUUGAUUCACGUUCUAGGUCAAGGUCAUCAUCCCGAUCUCCGAGUCGCCACUUCCGAAGAAGCGAUUCAGAUUCUGACAGCUCCUACUCUGGAAAUGAGUGUCGCCUGGGUGGCCGCAGGAAUGCUCAGAAAAACCGAGGGCGUGGAGGCCACAUGGAUAGAGGACGGAUGAGAACACAGCGAGGAAAAAGACAUGAUCAAGGUCCUCCCAAGCGCAAUCGAAAACGCAACACUAUGGAUUAUGAAGAUCCUGAAAAGGAGUUCAAGAAGGAACGGAGGGCAGCACGCUUCCAGCACGGAGCUCAUCCCAAAAAGUUGCGUCUGGAACCUCUUAUCUUACAGAUCAAUGCUCUGGACACUGUUGGCUCUGAUGGCCUUGACUGGAAUGAGCUGAAGAUUGUAGGCACCUGCCAAGAUAUCACAAAGCAUUACCUGCGCCUCACCUGUGCUCCAGACCCCUCCACUGUCCGGCCUCUCUCUGUACUUAAAAAAUCUUUAUCUGCAGUAAAAUCCCACUGGAAAGAGAAGCAAGAUUAUGCCUAUGCUUGCGAGCAGAUGAAAUCAAUCCGCCAGGACCUUACAGUUCAAGGAAUCCGUGCAGAAUUCACUGUGGAAGUAUAUGAAACCCAUGCCAGGAUAGCUCUGGAGAAGGGUGAUCAUGAGGAGUUCAACCAAUGCCAGACACAGUUGAAGUCUCUUUAUGCAGAGAAUCUUCCAGGAAAUGUUGGAGAAUUCACUGCUUACCGUAUUCUCUAUUACAUUUUUACCAAGAACUCUGGAGAUAUCACAACUGAGCUGGCAUACCUGACAAAGGAGUUGAAAACAGACCCUUGUGUGGCACAUGCCCUUGCCUUGCGAGCUGCCUGGGCCCUCUCCAAUUACCACCGUUUCUUCUGUCUGUAUCGCCAGGCCCCUUGCAUGUCUGGCUACCUCAUUGACAAGUUUGCUGAACGAGAGAGGAAAACAGCCCUCAAAGCCAUGAUCAAAACUUUCCGCCCGGUGCUUCCGGUCUCCUACGUUGUGUCAGAGCUGGCCUUCGAGAGCGAGGAGGAGUGCCAAGCUUUCCUUGCAGCUCUGUCCCUUGUGUACACUAGUCCCGACGCCACCAAGAUUGACUGCAAGCAGAGCUUGGCGGUCCUGGCCAAUUUCUGAAAGCAGAAAAAAAAAAAAAACCCACUGCCCUGUUCUAGCCUGUUUUAACAUGUACAUAUAUAGAGAGAUAUAUAUGUCUGUGUUUGUGCGUGUAUAUAUGUAUAUAAAAUCAGAUAACAGUUGGCUGCUGUGGGCAAGCUGGGACUUGCUCUGCCACUUCGCCCGCUAUCCACAACGCACUUGGAUAGAAGAGGGUAAGAUCCACGGACAUCAGAUGGCAUCUGAGAUCACCGAAGCAGAAGAGCAGAGAGUUCGGUCUAAGGAGUCUUGGGGGUUUGCCAGCAACAGGGAAUGGAGAUUUCAGGGAAGAAUAGUUUUGCACCAUUUACAAUCAUCUGUUCCUCCCUCCCUUCCUCUCAUGUCAAGAUCCAUGAAUUGCUAGAGCCCCUGUCUCUCUUCCCCUGUAGUCUGAAAUUGCCAGGAUAAAAAGUUGGAAAUCUGUGGAUUAAUUAUGGGAGAUGAUGGAAAUUGCCGUCUUGUGUGUUACCAUCUCUUCAUUGUCAUAAAGAUUCAGGAAGCUAGAAGAUCUUCUCCCUAAGCCACAGAGCAAACCCUCUUAAUUUAUUUUUAAUUAUUAUUUUUUGGUAAAAGUCUCACCAGGCGCUGUUUUAUUCCACUUGACAGAUCUGAAAAAGGCACCGGUACAUGAGCGCAUUGGCUAGAUGUGAAUAUAUGUGAAAUAUGGUUUUGUACAGAAGCUACAAGUUGUAAAUAAUACUAGGCAAAUUCUUUGUUUCUUAAGAGAAAAAAAAUCCAUGUUUUUCUACUUUUAUAAUGGUGAAUUUAACAGUUUCCUCUGAAGAUGAAAAAUUCAGGUUUUGCGUGCGCAUUUUGUGUUCUUUAUUAUGCUCCUCAAAAACUAACACUGUCUCAGUUUUUUCCUCUUCCGAGCUAUGGCCUGGCUAUGAAAAAGCUUGAGAGAUGCCACCUCUCCAGUGGAACACAAAAACAGCCUGAGGGGGAAAGAGCAAAGCAAAAUCUGUCUUCACAUAUUUCCUACCAGUUCAAAGACUUUUUUCCUACGCAAAGGAGAAUGUGAGAGACUUCUUCGUUAACAAAACCCCGCAAGGAUGUGGCCACGACAAACAAAGCAAAUCCAGAGAAAGCACGGUGCGCAGCUGUGAAAUAAGAUCAACAAACAAGAUGAUCUUCACAGUCUCCUCUUCUAUUGUGUUCUGGAGUUGUCAUGCUAAGUUUUUUUAAUUUAUUUUUUUUCUCCUUCUGUCCUCAGUUCUUUACAGGUAAACUUGAAAAUGCACCACCCAUUUUCACUUUUCUCUCGUCAUAUUGUUUCAAUUUUGUUUUUCAAGUUUUGAAAGAUUGUCCAAUAAUUUUUUCUGUUGUUUUCUUCCUCUUACCCUCUUUCCCUACUCUUAGUCUCUUUAGCUUCUCAUAAUCCUUUCUUUCCCUCUGUUCUCCUUUGCUCUAACACCUCUUUCUUUUUGUUUUUGAACAUGUGUAAUUUUGGGAUAUUUUGGCUUGGGCUGGAUUUUUCAAAGAUUCCUUUUUCCUUUUCAGAAACCUGAAUUUUCUUCCAUUUGAUUAAAAGUCAGUUUUUUAAAACAG